GGCGUCAUUGCUUUAGCCCUCAGUGGCACAACCGCUGGGGGCGCCAUCUUGUAAAUAUUUCAUCCCGCAAGUUCCUUCCGCAGCCGCCAACGGGUCUGGCCUGUCACAAGUGAAGUUUUAGCCGAGCGGCUAGCACAAUACAGUCCACAGAGACAGGCAGCAUCCGUGGUGCCGAAGUAUACUUCUCCCCGUAUAGCAAGUCCUCCUCCGGGCCAAUGGCAGCAUUGAUUAGUGAUUUUCGUGGUCGUAUUGCCUUGUGUUUGCCUAUAUAGAUAGCUUCGUUCGUAUAAACGAGUUUCGUGCCUAGUAGUUACCAAGUAUAAUUGGUGUAUGUCUGUAUGUACGUGUGGUUACUGAAGUGCUCGUUAGUAGAAGGGAGUACUCUGCUCCCUUCGUGGAUUAGCCAUUCGUUGGAUAAAAUGUUGCGCGCAACUUGACAGGAUAUAAAGAGCAUUCAGUGCGAUUUUCCGAGUGGAUAGAUCCGAAGCAUAUAGUCAACGGUUGGAGUUUAAAGCGUGACGAUGGUGGUACGGAGAAGGACGAACUAUGUGACGAAGUCAAGCACCAGAAAGCGGAAUGGUUACAGAAACAGAAGAGCAAACAACGUUCGUUAGAUAAUAGCCGGUCGAAAAGCUACUAACGAGACACGGGGGUAUCGUAGAAUGCUGUACGGUAGCACCACUCUUCAUUAAAGCUCCAAGGCUUACGAACCUAGCAAUCAGCGAUACGACGUCGAACUCCCCCCUGACAAACGAGAAGCUACAAGACGAACCAGGACCAGUUGUAUGGCCGCAUUCCCCUACCGCAAGCUUUCACGGCUCAAUAAAUAGUGUCCUUAGAGUGUGUAGAGUGUCGUUUAUGCGCCUUCGAUAUAAUUGUGAAAGUAAAUGAUGCGAAAUUAGCCGCAGUGUAUAGGUUACUACGCCGAUCGCUUGAGUCGAUUUUGCAUGCGGCCCUUUGAACAUAAUGUGGUAGGCACGCUAUCGAUUCGUCUAAUGAAAAAAAAAAAAUGUAACUGAUACGCGGUCACAGAGAUUAAACGAACAAUGAAGAUGGUAGGCCCGAACUUUGUGGGACUCCUUUGUCGAUUUCUUCCCCUAUUUAUAACCCUGACGGCAUUUGCCGUGUGCAGGAACACCGGCACAGUUGAGGUUCAGAUUUCGGAGAGCAGUAAUCAACGAUCACAGAAGAUAUUUGAUGGACUGGUGACGAAUACACUUCGAUUGGCGUACACGAUAUCGAACCGGUUGGAUGGCCAUUGGCUUCGACAUUACAUUGGAGUGAACAAUGAAACCGGAUCACUAUUUAUUGAAGAACCUUACCUGUGUAUCAACGAAGCUUCCGCAGAUCUUGAGCUUAGUGGAUUCUCUAAGUAUGCGCACAUAGUCAUUCCACUGAGGCUGCACUUUCAGCAGUGUGGCAAUCCUGCGUAUUCAGUGCCAAAGAUUCGUCCCUUAGAGGUCACCCUACGGACACCUAAGGACGCUAGUGUUUGCUUAAAGUCUACCCAGCUGAUCGCUAAACUCAGCGACAUUCUUCCGUCGACGUGCGGGAGCGCUUCGAUCGAGGCACCGAAAUCAGGAGAUCAUCUAUUUGCCGUCGAACCUCACGGCCAGGACGUGGUGUAUCGUGGAGUUGACCGAUGCUAUAAUGAGACGCAAAUACGCGUCCGAGGCUCUGCAAUCUGCGGCUUGAAUCAGCCUAAAGUCCCAAUAAAAAUUUCUUGGACCCAUGAGCGAAUUAGGGUCCGCCGUGGACUCGAGGACGACAAUCUGUUCGCAAGCGCGAUGUGCCUGACCAGUGUGCCCGAAGGAAAGGACCCAGGCUAUCUUGUCGAUACCAUUAAUAUCCGCCAUCCAAAUCCGUCAGUGAAGUAUUCGCUCGAAGCAGCCCUAGACGCCCGUAGCAAUGCGCUGUUUCGUAUCGAUUCGGGUUCUGGUGUGGUAAUGACUACACAGACACUCGACCGGGAACAGAUGCCUCGCCACUUCCUUAGGGUUAUUGCUGUUGAUCACCUCCAAAAUCCGCCGGUGACUGGAACGACCACACUUCAGGUAAGUGUCCUGGAUGAAAAUGACCACACGCCGGAGUUUGAACAAAGUCGUUACGAGGCAUCCGUCCGGGAGAGUAGUCCUGUCGGAUCGACGAUUCUCACAGCUCGAGCGACCGAUUCUGAUGCCGAACAGAAUGCAAAGGUCACUUACUCGUUGCAGGAUGCGACCGAUGUGUUCGCAAUCGAUGCGACAAGUGGGGUGAUCUAUACGAGGGCUGCCCUAGAUCGUGAGCGCAUGUCGGAGUACCUAAUUACCAUCCGUGCGGAAGACGGAGCACCUGUGCAAAAGAGACUCACUUCAACUGCUCAGUUGCUCCUAACCGUACUUGAUGACAACGAUAACUAUCCACAGUUCAGCGAACGAAGUUACAGUGUCGAGGUUCCGGAGAAUAUUAGUUGGAUCGACAAACCUGAAGUUGUGCAUGUUGAAGCGAAGGACGCUGACGCGAACGAAAAUGCCGUACUUCGGUUUUCAAUCAUCGGGGGAAACUCGCAGGGACAUUUCGCGAUCGACGCCCUCACUGGAUCGAUCCGGGCUGUGUCGCCACUUGACUACGAGGCGUUGUCCAGCUAUCGACUGGUCGUUCGCGUUCAGGAUAGCGGCUCACCUUCAAGGUCGAACACGACCAAUGUUCUAAUAAACGUACUAGAUGUCAACGACAAUGACCCACGUUUUUACGCCGCAGAAUUUCGAGAGAGUGUCCCCGAGAGCGUUGAAAAGGGCCAUAGUAUCAUCCAGGUGCAAGCAUUUGACGCGGAUUCUGGAGACAACGCGAAAAUCUCAUAUUCCCUGCAGACAACAGAUGGUUCGGAUCCAUUUCUAUUACCAGUUUCUAUCGAACCAGAUUCUGGAUGGAUUCGCGUCCAGACCCUGUUGGACCACGAGAAACGUGUAGAGUAUCGCUUUUCUGUAGUUGCUCGAGACAACGGCACCCCCCAACGAAGUGCCUCAGCCGUCGUCAUUUUGUCCGUCCAAGAUGUCAACGAUAAUGACCCUCGUUUCGAAGAACGAAGCUACAACGCCGUUGUAUCAGAGAAGGAUCCUCCAGGAACGCUUGUUCUCACGUUGACGGCUCACGAUCCGGAUCGUGACAAUCGGCUACAGUAUCACAUCGCCAGUGGAAAUCAUCGGGACCGAUUCGGAAUCAUCUCGCAGAACGGGGCAGGCAUCGUGUCGAUUGCCCAGCCGCUAGACUACAAACUGGAAAACCGAUUCGCUCUCUCUGUUGUCGUGUCAGAUUCUGGCGGUCGAACAGACACCGCUUUGCUCAAUAUCAAUGUUACAGAUGCCAACAAUCAUCGACCAACCUUCGUAAAAACGCCUUAUUCCGCCUCCAUACCGGAGGAUACGCCGGUCGGUACAACGGUACUUGUUAUCGAGGCGCUUGACAAUGACGUUGGUCACAAUGCGCGCGUCACCUAUACCUUAGAAGACGCCGUCAGUGCAUUCAAGAUCGAACCGGACACUGGGGCCGUCGUUACUUCGGCGCCGCUUGAUCGCGAGUCGGUAUCGGGAUAUACGCUUGUGGUCACCGCACAGGACGAAGGUCGACCCCCGCUAUCAGACAGCACCAGUGUCGAGAUUGAGAUCAUGGACGUCAAUGACAACGCGCCAAAAUUCGCAAUGGGCUCCUAUACGAGCGACGUAUCGGAGGACGCCUUGAUAGGCACGUCGAUCAUGCAAAUAUCGGCGUCCGAUGAGGAUCUUGGACUCAAUGCCCAAGUCAGGUACACUUUUACUGGAGGUAAUGAUGGACAAGGCGCAUUCAGUAUUGACCCGACUUCAGGACUGGUUAGAACGGCCAAGCAUUUGGAUCGUGAAGCUGUUGCGAUGUACCAACUGAAAGCCGUUGCAGUUGACAGAGGUAGCCCUCAACUAUCCAACACCGUACCCAUUACCGUGUUCGUCCAGGACAUCAAUGACUCCCCACCGAGAUUCGAUUCGGACAAAAUUCAAAUAUUCGUCCCGGAGAAUGUACCUCUCGGCUCCGUCAUUGGGACUAUUGAAGCAAAGGACCCUGAUGAAGGACCGAACGCUCAGGUCACCUACUCUAUAGUUGGAGGACCGGAUGCUGAUAGCUUUUCAUUGAUCUCGAAGCCAGCUGGACCUGUGGACAUUGUGAGUCGAGUGGAAUUCGACUACGAAGGGCCGAAAAAACGUUACAUCUUUUCAGUAAGAGCGUCGAGCCCACCGCUUCGAACCGAUGCACAGGUCGAGAUUUGGGUGACAGAUAUCAACGAUAAUGCCCCGGUUCUUAAAAACUUUCUCAUAGUUUUCAACAACUUUAAGAAUUUCUUCCCAACAGGACCUAUUGGUAAGAUUCCUGCCAACGAUCCAGAUGUGAGUGAUGCCCUUCACUACAAGUUUACGUCCGGUAACCGGGCUAAUCUCCUUGAGUUGAACGAGACUUCCGGAGAAAUUAAGCUAUCGCCAAAUCUUAACACCGAUGUGGCCAUCGACGCUGAUUUUCAAGUAUCGGUUUUCGAUGGCAUUAACGAGGUAUCUGCCACGUGCAAGCUUCAAGUUCGCUGGAUAUCCGAGGCAAUGUUGAACAAUUCGAUCACCAUACAAAUGCAAGACAUGACCGUCGAGCAGUUUCUUUCGCCAUCGUUUGACUCGUUUAUAUCCGCCCUUAGUGCCGUUGUGCCCUGUCCCAAAGAGAAUAUCUUUCUAUUCAAUAUACAACAAGACACUCCGGACAUCCUCAACGUGUCAUUUUCCGUCGUAAAAAAUCGCGGCCAUGAGGACCUCUACAGUUCGCAGUACAUUCAAGAGCGAAUGUACCUCGGCCGAAGUCUCUUAUAUAGACUGAGCGACAUUGAAGUACUACCCUUUGAUGACUAUCCCUGUUCAACAGAGCCCUGCCUUAACUUUGAGAGAUGUGAGCCGAUCCUUAAGUUCAAGGCUGCUGGCGACUUCAUCUCGUCCGACCGUAUACUUUUCCGUCCAAUUCAGCCUUCAAACACCUUCCAAUGCAUGUGCCCAGUAGGUUUCGCUGGAAUGAAACACCGUUUCGACUGUGACACCGAGGUAAAUUUCUGUUAUUCAAGUCCCUGCCGAAAUGGCGGGUAUUGCGUACAAACCGAGGGUGGCUACUACUGUGAAUGUGUGAACAAUUUUCAUGGCAAGAAUUGUGAGGUAGCUGGCAAGACGAACUCGUCGUCAUCGAGCGCAAAUCACUGUACCGCCAGCGAUUCAACUCUAGACGAAAUGUGUCGCCUUCGGGGUCGAAGUUUCCCUCAACGAGGAACGUACGUGACGUUCCCGUCCCUGAAAAGACGACAUCGAUUCUCGAUUAAGAUCUCAUUUGCUACUCCGAAUCAGAACGGGCUGCUGCUUUACAACGGUCGAUAUAAUGACAAAAAUGACUUCAUCGCCAUGGAGCUCGUUGAUGGUCAGUUGGUAUUUAGCUACUCGACAGGGGAUCAAGAAGCGACAGCGGUAACCGCGGUCAAGGCCGGUUUAAACGAUGGAAAUUGGCACACUGCGCACAUCACAUACCACGAAAGGAUGGCUUCGCUUUCUGUCGAUGGCUGUGACCCUGUAGUGGCCGAGAGGCUUGGAAAUGACAAUAACUAUCAGUGCGCGAGCCGAGGUCAACUCCGUCUCGAUCAUAGGUGCUCUGAUCCGAUGGAAAGUUGUUAUCGUUUCCUAGACUUGACAGGGCCUCUUCAAUUAGGCGGACUCCCUCAAAUUAUGUCAAGUUUUCCAGUACAGAAUCGCGAUUUUAUUGGCUGCGUGCGUGAUCUCUACAUAGACCAUGAGCUAAUCGAUUUAAAUCAGUUUGUGGCAAAUAAUCUAACCAUCGCUGGUUGCCCCUCCCGUCGAGGAUUUUGUCACAUUGACCCGUGUCUCAAUGGAGCCACCUGCCAAGAGUCUUGGAGCGGGUAUAGAUGCAUCUGCCCUGAAGGAUAUGGAGGAUCGGAAUGUCAAGAUCGCGUCGAGCCUUAUAGAUUCCACGGCGACGGCCAUUUGACGUUCAAGUCCUCUUUGCGUCCAAUUGACAUCCCGUGGAGCAUUCGUCUAUCUCUCCGAACAAAACAUCGUCAAGGCCUUCUGCUUCUGAUUGAGCUUGGUGGCAACGAAAAGCGUUUCGUCCUGCAAAUUGUUAACGGGUCUGUCGUAGCAGCUGUUGACGAAUCAAAGGUUUCUGUACUUCAUUUAUCCGUGGCUGAUGGUGAGUGGCAUCAGCUACAUUUCUGGUGGAACGCAAAUGUACUUGGGCUUUCCGUCGACGGCGAUCACUAUCGCUCAGAGCGUCACACCCAUCAGAGUCCUGCGGGACAUUACAUUGGCGAUGUGUGGGUUGGAGGCCAUGAAAGCGGCGAUUUCUCUCCUUUUCGCGGUUGCAUCGAGAAUAUUCGCCUAGGUAAUCAGAGGGAUGCAUACCGGGAGCCCUCGUCAGAACGAAAUGUGUUCCGAGGCUGUGGCAUACAGGAUGCGUGCGCCUCAAAUCCGUGCCCUGACAGCUCUACCUGUGAAAACACCUUCGAAGGCUUUCGAUGCAACUGCAAACCUGGAUUCGUUGGCAGCCAAUGUUUGCCUAUCUGUUCGCUGAAUCCUUGCGAGCAUAAUACGACGUCGAGCUGUGUGACAGCCCCUUCGAGCCAACGAGGAUAUCAGUGUUUGUGUGACGCUAAACAUUACGGAGAACGUUGCGAGAUGACGAUGAUUGAGCACUGCCCGGCAAAUUGGUGGGGUACACCGCCAUUCUGUGGACCAUGCCAAUGUGACGUACAUAAAGGGUACUCGUCGAAUUGUGAUAAGACAACGGGCGAUUGUGUAUGCGAAGAAAAUUACUAUUUUGCCCCGGAGCAAGGAACAUGUUUGCCAUGUAAUUGCUACGCGGCUGGAUCGCACGGGCCGCAGUGCGAUUCAUCGGGAGGCCAGUGCCGUUGCCGAGAGGGCGUCAUUGGAAAAAACUGUGACUGCUGCUCGAAUGAAUUCGCCGAAGUCACGCUACGCGGCUGCGAAGUCAUCUACGAUGGAUGUCCCCGUGCGAGGCAUUCGCGUGUCUGGUGGCCUCGUACGUCCCUCGGAUCUGAAGCGUUGAGUGUCUGUCCGGCGUUAGCACAAGGCAAAUGCUCGAGAUUCUGCGAUCCGAACGACGGGUGGCAGGCACCUGAUCUAUUUCACUGCCUUUCUGAUCCAUUAGGACCACUUGCUGAAGAGUUGGCUCUCAUUGAGAAAUCCAAUAUACAACUUCGAGCCCACAAUUCACGAAGACUAGCGAGGGAAUUGCAUGAAGCACUACAACGUGCUCUGGAGAACAAUAUGAACGAACUUUACGGAAGCGAUGUUCGCACGGUGUCACAGGCACUGUCUUUGAUUUUCGAAUUCGAAGCUCAACAGGGCGGUUUUAACCUCAGCCAUACACAAGACCGGCACUUCGUAAGAUAUCUUAUGCAUUCACUUGCCACGGUAGCUGAUGCACGAUUGGCACCUUUGUGGCAACGACUUCCGGUGACGAUGCGGCUGGAGCGGCUUCUUGCCCGUGUGGAAGCGUACUCUCGACGAUUGCUAGCCAAUAUGGAGGAUACAUUCACCGCGCCGUUUCUGCUCGGAUUCAACGAUAACACGUUUUUUAGUGUUGACCAUGCAUCUCAUGCCGAACUACACGUCGAUAACACAACAUCGUCAUACGUGUACUCGAUAACGACUGGUCGGAAAUCGCUUCCAUUGAUCCGGAUGCCCAAGUUCAAUAAUAUACCCAUUCAGAAGCUGCCGGCAUGGAUGCCUCGAGUUGGAAUACCAUUGUCGGCGCUGAGUUUCGACACAUACGGAAGUGAUAGCAAAGCCCUGUUUUCUGUAGCGGCGUUUCGUGACGCCAGUUCUUUGUAUCCACUGAUGUACGACUCGACCAUUAAUCAUAAUCUUGGCGUGUCCAUAAGCAGUGCUGUCAUCUCCGUCUCAGUGGCCAAAAGUGACUCGAAAUUCUCGCUUCUUGAACAGCUCAAUGGUGAAAGCCGAGUCCACAUUUCGUUUCCCGUUUUACACGGCAGGUUUCCCAGAAACCCACAGUGCGUCUUCUGGUACGUGUCUUCAGCAACCGGUUACGGGAAAUGGUCUGCUCGGGGCUGCCGUGUAGAGGGCUUUGAGCCACUGAGGGUCAAUUGCUCCUGCGACCAUCUGUCGAUGUUUGCCGUCCUUACGGAAGAUAGCUAUACUCUGGCUAGGACACAGAUCUCAUACAGCCAGGAGCUGUCGGCGAGUGUGGCCCUUAUAUUCUCCAUUGCCCUUCUAACAACAACUGCGGCUCUUUUAAUCGCUUUGACGAUUGCAUCAGGAGGGUAUUCAACGAAUUCACACGCCAUCCACGUUAAUGUCAUCAUAUGCUUGCUUCUCGUAGACCUCAUCUCGUUGGUGGGCAUAGGGUCACAUGCACCGGCCUCGGCAUCAGGGUGUCGCAUGGUCGCCAUUGGAGUACACUUUGCGUGGCUAGCUGUGUUCUCCUGGAUCCUGGUCGAUCUCCUGCACAUCUACCGAAUGCUAACCGAAAUGAAAGAUGUCAAUCACGGUUCUAUGAAGUUUUACUUCUCACUAGCGUACGGAGCUCCGGCCUUAAUCGUAGCGCUAACACUCGGCAUUCGAUCUGACCUCUACGCUGGGUACAACUUCUGCUGGUUAUCUGCGGCCUCAUCGUUAGUAUGGUCCCAAGCCGGGCCUGUUGCUGCUUUCGUAGGCGGAGCACUGCUCUUGGCAGCUGCUUCGGUAAUGGCUUCGGUGAGAGUUCAAGGAGUUGAACUUAUCUCAGACCUCGGAAAUAUUCGCUUCCUUCUCUGGCUAGCCAUGGCUCAGUUACCUAUCAUAACAUUUUUCUGGCUGAGUUCUAUGUUCGCCUCUGCUGGUUCUAUCUACGGCUGGUUAAUGUUCAGUGUAUGCACCCCUCUCGCCGCAAUAGCGGUAUUUCUUUGCCAAUGCAUUCUAAAUGCUCGAGUAAGGCAAAACCUUUGGGAAAUGCUUCGCGGUCGGCGGAAGUGUCUGCUGGCGUACUAUGGAAGUGGUGGUGGGGGAGCUGGACUCUCAACCUCGCGUUCCGCUUUGUCUUACGGCGGUCGUGUCGGAGGACUGACUGACAUGAGCCUUCAGGGCACCUUACAGAGGAGGCAUGUCAUAAUGAGAGCCUACUCCACCACCUCUAGAUCUACUACGCACAGAUCUUCGUCGUUUGCAUCAACGGUAACUGGUCAACCUGUCCGCGAUGGCGGACGCUGUAAGAGGGCUAACAAAAACAAUCGUCGAAGGAGCCGAGACGAUCGGGAUUCGGUCAGUGAAGGCAGUGGUUCGCGAGGAUCCCGCGGAUCAGAAUUCAACAAAUACAAUUCACAUGAAGAUCUUCACUCCGUCGAUCAGGAAUCAAUGGACCUCGCUUCAAGCCAUUCAUCCGACAAGGACACUAUUACUUAUACCGAAGAGAAUGGAGGAGGUCCAAGGCAAGACUACUCCGAUUCGGAGGCUGAUGACCAGAGUGAGGCCUUCGAUGAGGAUACAGUAAGGCUUCAUCGAGAGCAAGCAGGCUCAGGUGUCCUGCAUCAUCAGGGGCAUCACGAACACCAAGCAAUGCCCCAUUCACAGCAUCCAUUGCACCCCUCAUCUCUGCAGCAGCAACAACAGCAUGCCGGUAUAGUGUACGGUAUGGGCAUACAUGACGGGGCCGGUUCCGGCGGUCAGUACAGCCCGACGCAGGAUGAAGACGCUGGUCAGUAUGGGGGGCAGCAUCCACACAACCAACGUCCGUAUAGCGGAAUGAGCGGAGGCAUCGGAGCUGGUGCCGGAAUCGGAGGGGUGAAUGCGAUGGGGCACCGAGAUGAUGGCGCUGCCUAUACAGGUGCCAUGUCGCUUUCUAGGACAGCGACUCUGCCGCUUGCCACCAGGAUGCUUCUAAGUGACAGUCCAACAAUGUCUCAAAGUCAGCCUGGUUCAACGUCGCUAGAUACUCGAGCGGCCCCUGCGAUUGGAAGAGGAGGCGGGACCACGGAGAGCCUCACAAGUCCGGGCCAAGAUGUCGAAUUCAUCGACGAAUUUUCAGCCUCUCCGGACAACAAUACGACAGCUACGGGAGGCGACGAGACAUCCGUAUGAAACAAGAUCAAUAGGCCUUUUUCGAAGUAGACAUACAUUUAGAUCUAUGGUCGAAAUAGAAGAUAUCUAUUUCUAUGUGACUGCCAUUUUGUAAAUAAGCUUAGUAAGCAGAAGGUCGACUGAAUCCAAAUGACUUUUGUCUUAUAUAUAUAUAUAUAUAUAUAUAUAUAUAUAUAUAUAUAGAUAUAUAUAUAUAUAAAAUUACAAUGGCCUAGGUGCAGUUUUACAGAAUAUCGUAAUCUGCAUGAAAAACAAGGGAUCUAUUUGUAACACUACUUUCAGAUGUUAAACAGAUUUAACGCUAUAUACAUAUAUAUAUAGAAAAGAGAGAGAUUUAUUAUUGUACAGCAGGGCGCAAUUGAAAAUGCUAAAGUAUUUUUUUAGGUGCUGAGUAUAUUUUUCCAGGCAGAGAGAAUCUAUCUAGAAACGCAAAGCGCUGCCAUUAUUAGCUAUCGUGAUAUAUAAUGUCACUUGUAUCUGGGGGAAAAGGCGUUGGCAUGUUCGUUCAAAAGUAAGUUCUUUAGGUAGCAUGUAAUGAAAUGGCAAAUUGAGGGUGAACGAUUCACAAACGAUGUAACAACUUAUUCGUAACGUCAUCCUAAUAUGUUGAUUUUAUUAACAUGGUUUAUUUUGUUAUGGUUUUAUCUGAGGCAGAUUUUUUCCCCAUUUUUGUCUUACCUGUUAUAGCAGGUGGCUAGAGUUUCUUUGAAACAAAAAGUAGUAAAAACAGAGACUUAGUGAACAAAACGUAACUUCAAAGGUUGACUGUCACAUAAAAGCGUAUACUUUCUAGGGAUUUUUAGGAUUUAGGAUUCCCUAGUGAGCGCUUUGCUUCCAUUUUCAUACCUUGUUUUUCUAUUCUAGUACAAUCCACUUCUGAUGAAUUCCCCUGCUAAGGAUACCUCUUAUGUGUUUUUUUUCCAGUAAACAAUAUAUCAGUAUGUUUAGAUCAUUCCUUUAUGAACGCGUAGGUCAUUCUGAUAGACGUCUUUAUUUAAUAAAAUGCACAAAUUGCACUUAUCUUUCUAUCUCGGAUGUGGAUCACGCAGAUAGAAAUCUCAGUUGUUUAACAUAGAAAUUAAUGUUUAUUUACAAUGCGUAUGUGUAUGUCCGUUUUUUAGCUGUAUACGUGAAUAUGUUUUUAGUGUAAUUCCAAUUGUUUCCCUUUUGUAAAUCAUAAUUCGGCUGAGACCGCUUAAUAUGUUUGUAUCAAACAAGCGAACGUGUGUAUCCUCGGUUAUCACUACAAGUCGGCGAUAAUACUGAUGGUUUCACGUAUUUUUUUUUUUUUUUAUAAUUUUGUCUGUUUUUUUUUUUGUAUAUUUGUAGUGACACGCUCUGGCGGACCGUGUAACGAAAAUAUACGUUAUCUGCCAAAUCCUGCUUUCUUUCCUUUAUUUGUUUACAUUUUUUUCGGAAGAUAACUUAUUUCUACAUGACUUAAAGGUGAGAGUGGGCCGUUUCCGUAAGUUAAAUUAAAACUGUUUCGCCCCAACUCACCUAGAAUAUGUCAGAUCUCAGCAAGAUAAGCAACAAAACAUCUGUCCAGUUUAUGUGUGCUGAUUAUGGAACACAAACAAUGUUAUACGAGUUCAUAUUGUGGUUUAAUCUUGGGAAAAACUUUAACUAAUUAUAAUAGAUCGAGUAGGUGUUUUGGAAUCAAAUAAGAAACGUCACAAUCCAUACGCUAAAUUUGCAAUUUAAUAUUAAGGUAUCUUUUUUCUGUAAUAUACAAUACACGUACAAUUUUUGGGCUGUAUAUGACUAUAAGUUAAUAAAUAAUUGGCGGACGCUAAAUAAGCUACAGGAGGAUGAAGAUCACAUAUGGACUUACCAUUAACAGUCGAUCGUACGUUUCGUAGAGAUUCUUUUGUAGAGGACAAGUUGAUUUUUUAAAAAAUAUUUUUUGUCGGCGCACAUGUCUAAGAGUCAUCCACAAUCAUACUGGCAACAACAUGAUGUCCUGAUGCGUGUCACAAGUAGUGAUAUAUAGUUGUGUAUAUAAAAAAAAAAUUAAUGAAUAUGAUGAUUCUUAUAAUUAUGCAGUAAUUGACUUUUAGCACUUUUAAAGUGUAUGAAAAAUAUGUACAUGUAAA